GUUGUUGUUGUUGUUGUUGCUGUUGUGAGCUGAUGAUAGUCAGGCGGCUGAUGAUGACAAGCAUGAGACUGUGAAGUUGAGCUGGGAUCAGAUUAUCAGUUCCUCUCAGCAGGUUUGGACUAAGCAGCUGUCACAUUCUUACCUGUGCAGGUGAUCAGUGUGUCAGCGCAUUCAGGUGAUACUAAACAUUAUUAAAACAGGAGCGCUGUGUGUGCAUGUGUCCCUGUGUGUGCAUGUGUCCCUGUGUGUGCAUGUGUCCCUGUGUGUGUGUGUGUGUGUGUGUGUGUGUGUGUUUCUUUUGAACUUUAUCUGAUAGAAACAAGCUCAGAUCUGAAAACGAAGCGCGCGUCUGUGCGCGCGCACAGGUGACCCGCAGCGUGAGUGCGGAAGUGAGCGCAGUCAGUACCAGCUGUGCGCCGCGCUGUGUGCGGCGGUUCCGGUGUGCUGUCGGUGAUUUUCUGGAUGGGCUGCUCCCUCUCAGCGGAGGCUCCGGACCGGCGGCCGGAGCAGGAGGAGGAAGAGGAUGCGGUGCCGGUGAGUCUGAGCGCGGAGAGCCGGGAGGCGAUCAGGAGCAGCUGGAAGGAGAUCCAGGAGGACAUCAGCAGGGUGGGCGUCAUCAUGUUCGUCAGGAUUAUGUACAUCAUUGAGAAGACGGUCGCCAGGAUCGACCAGGAUGACCGUCUGGACCAGCUGAUCCUGGAUCUGGGCAGGAAGCAUUACCAGUACAAAGCCCUGCCAAAAUACUAUGAUCUCAUGGGGGAAGAGUUCAUCCAAGCCAUCCAUCCGGUCCUGCAGGAGCGCUGGACUUCAGACCUGGAGGAGGCCUGGAAGGAUCUUAGGCCUGAUGUUCUGCGUUUUAGCUCUACUUUUCGGUUGGUUGUGCUGAACUGUCUCCGGGUCACCUUUGUGCUGCCUGCAAAGAUGGAUAGAGCAGUGAUACCAUCACCAUGCUGGCAACAAAGACAGCUUGGCUGUAAUGAGCUUCCUCUGAUCUGACCUCUGCUUUCUGAGAAAAUGAAAGAAACUCAUAGAAAUAAAGAAACAGAAAAUUAACUGUUCAUAUUCCAGAGAGUUUUCCAUAAAUGAAGAUGUCAGUUUGUUGGGAUGACCUCAGCUGAUGAUUGGACUGUGUAAAUAUCAGCAGCAGGUUUAACGCUGUGCUCUCAGACCUGCUGUAACAGGACCAGGCUCAUGUUUGAAAGUUUAUCUGCAUUUCUGUGUUUACCUCAUUUACCUGCACAGUUCAGCUUGCUUGGGCCUGCAGACUCAUGCUGCCCCCUGCUGGUCAUCACACAAACCCUGCCGUCUGUGUUGACCCUUUUUCACGACUCUUCUCUUUCCUGCAGACUCUGUUCUUGUACAUCACUCGCACCAUGAAGAAAGGCUACCAGCAGGCGCAGAGGAGCCACAGCAGCAGCUGAGAGCAGCUCGUCCCGUCACGUGACUGCAGCAGCUCAGCGCGGAGUCUUUAAAUGAGAAGUUGUGUAGUAAAAAUUUUGUUUUCAGCUCUCAUGUGUAACUGUAUGAAUGUUUAACAGCUCUGAGCUGUGGGCCUUUAUUUUGAAAGUGAAUAAACAUCAUGUGAGUUUUUAAACGAC